AUGAUUGUCAAGGGGAACAAGAUUGGCGGGGUUACCUUCUCGAUAGCAAAAAAGAUGAAGGUAGUAGUAACCCACGGCAAGAGGCUCCGAGAGUUCGAUGAGGACAACAUCACUUUAACGGAGGAAGACGCAGACGGAUUAUUGCUACCGCACAAUGACACAUUGGUAAUUUCUUUAACUGCAUUAGAUUUUAAAAUCAAACGUGUUUUGGUGGAUCCAGGGAGUUCGGCCAAUAUCAUACAAUGGAGGGUAUUGGAGCAAGCCAAAUUUACCGGAAGCAUCAUUCUAAUCGCAAAACUCCUCGCCGGGUUCAACCUUGCAAGCGUGACAACCCUGGGAGAGAUCUCGUUGCCCACAAAUGCCAAGGGGAUAAUGAAGACAACCCUUUUCGAGGUUGUGGACAGUGAUAUGGGUUACAAAAUUAUUUUGGGGAGACCACGGUUGCACGAGAUGAAAGUUAUACCAUCAACGUAUCAUCAAUUGCUGAAAUUCCCAACUCUUGAGGGGAUUAAACAAUUAAAAGGCAAUCAACCAGCGGCAAGGGAGAUGAAUGCAUAUUCGGUCUCCAGUAGCAAAGGGAAGGAGCAUGCGUCAUAG